AUGACAGUUCAUGGCCGCGGUCACAUUCCAAUCCAUACGCUCGUCCUCGCCUUAUCACGCGAUCAUCUUCAAUAUGCAAGAAAGGAUGCGUUGUCGAAAAAUGUUCGGGGGAUUCUCAAUUUCCAAUGGUAUUUUUCUUCUCAUCUUCGCGUCAUUGACUGAUUGCGCGAAAGCAUUUUUGAACCACUUCGGGCGCCAAUCUCGCCCACCACUACACACAUUAGUUCCCUGUAAGGUUAAGGAAAGAUACUCGUCUCGUGCUCUGGCAUUGCUGGUGUCAUCCAACCGGAUUUGAGGCCACUUCCCGUAUCCACUGACCGCAGGCGCCGCACAGCAAAUUACUGAGGGGCGUGAGUUCGACGUCAAUGAGCAAUGAACAUAAAUCCAUCAAUUUAUAUUUGGGUACGGUAAAGAACCAAUGGUAUGACUGCUUUCCCGGAACUCAUCCCCGGUUGCGCGAACUAUGGUCCAUUGGAACAAGGUCUGUGUGAGUGUGUGCUAAGAAUAUAGUUGCAUAUGCCAAAUAUGUCAAGCAUAUCCGACAUAAGAGCUUACGGCGUAGUUUGAAAAUCCAACGGGCCUAUCAAUUAGACACUUAUUUACACCGGCCGAAACCCAAAUCUAGGGGACCGGUAUCGUAUGUCCUCAUAAAUGCAGAUUGCUUCGAGGUUCUUCUUAAAUACGUAGUUAUCCCCUUAUCCCUUUCUCCCUUAAUACCUUUCAGAAAUCAGGAGCCCGAAAUCUGCAGUACCACGAAGUCUUUGAAUAUUUCGUCGUCCACGUCCACGUCCACGUCCACGUCCACGUCAACGGGUGUGGCGAUAUGUUGUGUCACUAUCAUAGCAUGCUAAUGCGUGCGACAAUCGAUUCAAGCAACCUUGCAUAUACUGGUCGAGAUCGGGUUUAUCUACCUAUCACACAACAUAAGUAUCCGUGUUCCGGUCGUUGAAUAAUUUGACGUUUCAUUUUGCACGACUUUUUUGCCAGCAUCAACGCGCCGCUGAAGAGAAAUUGUUUCUUACAUAAGAUAUCAGACUCAUCAUUAUCAACUACACUUGUCCUGUGCUACCUCAAAUCUGACUUCUCACACUCGCAGCCCAAUAUCUUGUACUACCAGCUGGGGGGCUUUCAUGUUCGCUUCCGGCUUUGCUUUGAGAAACGAGCCGGAGACGACCUUCGAUCUGACUGUAUUCCAUGGGCUAGUUCGUGCGCAGAAUGAGAGGUUACAUUUACAUUCGAAUACCACGACUAUACAUGCCACCAUCACUAGCGGCACAGCGCCUUUGGCAUUUUACACCUCCAACAUCCCCUCAUGUUACAAGCGAGGAGUCAUCGCCUAUCAGUUUCCACGUUUACGUUUACGGUUGGCCUCCACUGAACUGAACAGUCAAGCUUUCCCUGCAUAUUGCCACAUUAGGUAAUUUUGAUGGCAUUGCCACCCACCCUUGUCUCCGCGGGUACGGUUGAUGUACGGCAAACUCAAGCUUUCUCGGAUAAUCUUAGUGUCGAUAUAGUUACACAUUAGGUAAUUUCGAUGGCACAUUUUAUCAAAAGCGGAAACAAAUUCAUAAACUAGUUCCUAUCAGAUCCUUCAGCCUGCCGCUGCUCUUCAGGUCACUAUUCACGGUGGGGGUGUGA